AUGGUGAGCGUGCCCGGAUCUUCGGAAGACGCGGGAUUUUACCGCGAGUCCCAAGACGAUAAAGAUGUUCAUGUCAAGAAGGAGCACAAGACCGAAGAGACACUGGAAGACCGAUCGCCAGUGACUCAAGAAGAAACAAACAAAGGAUCGAAGGACCGACCGGGCCUUGGGACGGGUCCGGUCAACAUGGUCAAGGUUGAAAUUUUUGAAGAUAAACCUAAAUACCCUCCCUAUGUCCUCGUUGAGGACACCUUGGGUCAUGACGCCUAUCAUGAUCCAGAGGACCAUCAGCCGACGGUGAAAACCGAGAGGCUAAGGUCCCCGAACAAACAAAAAACAAAGAUCGCGCAAUCCAAGCCGACGAAGUUCCGGAUGAAGGCACCCGGAAACACCAAGUCGAUAGGCCCCGAGAAGGCAGGACUGGCGUCAUGGACAGACGCUGAUGUCACGAGAGCCUACCACCAACGCAAGCUAAACGCGUUCCUGGAGAGCGACCCCGUCGCGAAGAUCCUGGAGAUCCGGCAGCUGGGUCAACUCACUGGGCCGGUGUCGACCCUACCAAGGCUGCAAACCGUCACGGACGCGAUCACUGCGCUGGUCACCAUGCUUCGUGAAGCGAACAUGUCGCAGGUCGAGCAUAUGCACAAGCGUCUGUCGAUCCUGGUGGGUACCACACCAGCAACGGAACACCCACCUCUGGUGACACCUACACACAUGCGGUCCAACGACAGCCAGAUGACGCUUCAAGACAUCACGGUGGGUCCCCACAUGUACGGAGCCGCCGGCCGCCCAGAGGCAAAUCAAGGCCCAUCUCAACACCUGAUGCCAAGCAGCCAGAGGGAAGCAGCACCGUGGUCCCCAGGAUCGUCCUCAACUGGGUCGGUCACUAGGAUGCCCCUAGGCCCUACUGGAGCGGCGCUGCUCCAGGCCCGAGCGCGCAGCGCGGAGCAGGAACCACGGGGUCUCGGAAUGGCGACGCGUGGCGAAAAUGAAAAUCAUUCCGAUUUUCAGCCAAUGGGAAAUCAGCAAAGAAAAAAGUUGGAUUUUGCUCUGCCCCGUGACGAAGAUGCUGGGGGGGAAGGACCUACCUACCCGGUAGGCGAUCUGCAGACCCUCUUCGACGCGGCGAUGGCAAGAUUUUUGAAUGAACGCCAAGUACCGCGGGCACACCCUAACGGGAGUGUAGCAGGAGGAAGACCAGAGGCGCAAAGGACGACCGCUCACCAUGACCAGCAUCCAGGCAUACAAAUGCCAAGAGGCCACACGAUGACCGACGUCGAUAUGGAAUCCGUCGGUUCCUGUGAGUUCGACCCUGACAACAUGGAUUUGAGGGGACCUCAGUCGAUGAUGGAGAACGCAGCGCUGGGACAGAUGCCUAAUAUGGUCCCUCGCAUCAAACUCUCGGCGACCUCGGAUCUUAAAGAAUUUAAUGGAAGAGACCAAGACGAAGACAGAGCGCGCAGCUGGGUAUUAACGGUCAAGACAGCAUUCAUAAGAGACCAAGCACAAGAUGAUGAACGAUGUCUCGUUUUUGGAGGAUUGCUGACUGGACCGGCGCAGAAUUGGUACCGUCAACUGGGUCGCUCGUACUACCAUGCGAAGAAAAGGUCGAAAGAGACCCCGCUGGAUUAUCUGUACCGCCUGAAUGUGCUUGGACUCAGGGCGAAGAUAAAGAUUAAGGAUGGGUCGCCCAAGAUUCAGAAGGAUCACGUCGAUCACUACAUUUUGACGGUAGACGAUUUGAAGCUAGCAUACAAGUUGACUAUGCUGCGUCUGGCGGACGUGGAAGAAUUGGAGGAAGUAUUGACAGCAUGUCAGCGGACGAAGGCAAGACGAGGCAAGAUGCUGUUUGGAUCAAAUAAGUUUCGUCAGAAGGCACCGGCACUACCCGAGAGGCCGAGAGAUAUGAAUCGCCGCUCCAUACAUGCAGUACGGACGCCCCUGGAAGACUCUAGCUCUAAAGAUUCCAGCCCAGACUCCUCGGAGAAUGAGGGAGAUCUAAGACGAGUCUACCUUAUGGAGAAGGAAGCGGGGAGGGAUCCAAGUGUGAGGUUCUCAAAGAAUCUACCGACUAGGGAGGCCGACCAACAUCGCCAGGCGGUAGACCAGCGACCCGGCCCAUCAUCAGCGACCCCAAACACGAGAUGUGCAUAUUGCGGGUCCAAGAAACAUGGAGAUCUGAAUUGCUGGAAAAGAUUGACCUGCGACCGCUGUGGAAGGAAGGGUCACCCAUCUGACCGCUGCCUGUUUGUAUGCCGGGCCAAGCAUGCAGGGAUGUUCCCGGAGAAACUCGAGAAGAUGGCAAAUUAG